AUGGAACGCAGUCGAUGUGGACAGUCAUGGGUGGACGACCGCUGUGUCUACGUCAAUAGAUCGUCCAAUGGUAACUUCUAUACGGCGUCAAAUGCACCGUGGACAAACGGAGAUGAACGUCGAUGUCAUAUGGAAUGGGUAAGCAUUAAGCCGUGGUGGACGCCCAGAACGAUGUACGACCAUGGUAUAUCCAUCCUCAAAGUAUAUCCAUCCAUGUGCAUCCUUAGAACCUACCCUGGAAAGGGAGGUGUUGGGAUUCCGAAGAGAUGUCGAUGUGGUAAUGACGUGGCUCUUCACACGACUCAUGAUGGUAGGAAAUUCUUCGAGUGCACUGGGAACACAAUAGUCAGUGAUGGGCAAGCGCACGUUAAGACUUGGUGGGAGGAAGCAAUUACGGAACAGUUUGAUGAGCUCUAUGAUGAACUGGACGACAUCAACACACAACUCACUUACAUCGCGAUGGACUGCGGUCGUUUCAAGAAACUUGUUGAAGAGGUAGAGGGGCUUAAGGAAAAUGUGACAAAGCGCGAGGAAAAAUCGGGGAGGGAGCGGAAGUUUGCAGUGGUGUGCAGUGUUUUGGUGGUUAUUAUGGGUUUGGUUAUUGUUCUUGUCAAGUAA